GCGCCGGGGCGCGCGCGGGUGGGAGCGGGCCCGGCUCAUCCUGAUUUACGGCUCUGCUGAAAACCGCUUUGCUCCCACAGCAGCAGCACCGGCCGCAGUGGCAGCAGCAGCAGCGGCUGCAGGUGCAGCAACAAGUCAGGACUUUUAGAGUAAUGCAACAGAAGGCUUUUGAAGAAAGCAGAUACCCCUGGCAGGAGUCCUUUGAGAAUGUUGCUGUGUGCCUGCCAUUCCGCUGCCCGAGGUGCGGAGACCAUACUAGAUUUAGAAGCCUCUCGUCAUUGAGGGCCCAUCUGGAAUUCAGUCACAGCUACCAGGAAAGAACCCUAUUGACAAAAUGCAGCCUCUUUCCAUCCCUCAAAGACACAGACUUAGUCGCUUCCUCCGAACCCCUGAAACAGGGAAAACUGCAGAACUGUGGCAAUGUGGUGAAGCAGAAACCCAGCUAUGUUAACUUGUAUAGCAUUUCGCACGAACAUUCCAAGGACAGGAAGCCAUUCGAGGUGGUGGCAGAGAGGCCUGUGUCCUACGUGCAGACCUACACUGCCCUGGACCUACGUGCUGACUCUCUGGAUGAUCUGCGGUCCAGUCCCGGACUUCCCACCCCAGACGCCAAAGCUGCUUUCGAGGCCCAUAUCCGAGAAAAGUUCAAUCGGAUGGUCGAGGCGGUGGACAGGACCAUCGAGAAGAGAAUCGAUAAACUCACCAAAGAGCUGGCCCAGAAAACUGCAGAACUGUUGGAAGUCCGGGCAGCUUUUGUCCAGCUGACUCAGAAAAAGCAGGAAGUUCAGAGGCGAGAGCGGGCCCUGAAUAGACAGGUGGACGUGGCCGUGGAGAUGAUCGCUGGGCUGAGGCAACGCCUGACCGAGUCUGAGGAGGAGCUUCUCAGGAAAGAAGAAGAAGUUGUUACAUUCAACCAUUUCCUCGAAGCAGCAGCGGAGAAGGAGGUUCAAGGGAAGGCUCGGCUCCAGGACUUCAUUGAGAAUCUGUUGCAACGGGUAGAGCUGGCGGAAAAGCAAUUAGAGUACUAUCAGAGCCAGCAGGCCUCGGGCCUCUGCCGGGAUGUCAGGGAGCAUGUGCUUGCAGAUAUCUCUUCAAACAGGAGACCCAAAUGCCUAAGCCGAGGGCACCCACAUUCAGUGUGUAACCAUCCGGAUCUCAAGACUCAUUUUCAUGCAAAGGGAAGGAGCUACCUGAAAAAAGCCAGGGAGGAAAGAGCCAGCCUGCAGCCUGCUAAGUCCAUUCAUGAACAGGCGGACACCCCGAGAGAACUCUGCAGACCGCCGAAGAAAGGAGAGCCUCUGGGGUUUAGUCGGAAAAGCAACAUCAGGCCCAAAAUGGCCAAAAAAAAGCCAACAGCGCUCGUGAACAUCAUCUAAUAGGGUGGAUGGCCUGGACUGUCAUUGCUGGGCUUUGGGGAAUGUCGUUUCAGGGGACAACUAUGAUGUUCUUUUUCACACAUCCCAUAACAAGACACAAUGAAAAAGCAAAGUGCAUAACACAUGUCCUUCCUGUCUGUCCAACCACAUGGAUUAACCAGAAUUUAACAAACAGGCAUCUUUGUGAACCAAACUUUUAUUACAGGACUCUUAUAAAACCAACAGGCAAAUUACAAAAAGAAUUUUUUUAAAAAAGCUGUCUUUCCAAAAAUUUUAGUAAAAGAAAGCUCCAACUUCUAAAAUAAUUAACCCAGUAUCCAGUCAUUUCUGCAUCUGGCGUUCUAUCCAGUGGCAAUUAGUUCCCCAGCCCAAGGCCACACAGGAUGUCAGGCACUGGGGAAAGGUUCACGUUUGUCUUUCACUGCUUGCUAAAUUAUGAGACAAGGAAUAGCAAUAUAAAGUCUCUUAAUAGCAGUGAAAUAAAAAAUAUUUUUGUUUUUAACCUGCCCCUCAGUUCGUUUGAAAGCCUCCAAAAUAAGAAUUCCUGUUUCCCAGAGUACUUACUCAUUUGUUAGAUUUCAGUUCUCAUCUCAGUGGACUGUUUUCCAGUUUGCUUGAUUCUGGUUUUUUGUUUCCCCCGGAUGCACGGUUAUUCAGAUUUUGGUGCCCCUCUGUUGUCUUCCCUGGCAGCCUCUGUCCUAAUAGUUGUUUGUGGUUGGGGGAGGACAUAAAACCCUUUUGAUCAGCAGCCAUCAGGAAAAGGAACGGCACGGCCACUCUCUCACAUCACGAGUUCAGGGUCCUAGUGGUCAGAGCCAGAGGGCUGCACAGGGCGAGCGUUGCAAGCCGUCCACCCGGGAGGUACCACACCCCUUUCCCGAGACCUCUGGCAGCAUCAGUGGCCUCUCUGCUAGCUGCGGGCAUGGCUGUCUCCUUGCUCACCUCACUGGUCCACCUCCUGCUGCUUCUGCGCCCUUUUAUGACUGAAAUACAUUCUUACCUUUCAACCAGGUACCUGCAGUAUUCAUUGUACACUGCUUUCUAAAGUAGUUUCUGAAAUAAGCAGCACAUGUGGGAUCCAGAGUCUGAGACGGUCCUCCUCUCCUGCCCUGAAAUGGCCUUUGCUUCCACAAACACCCAUCUGUUAAGAAUCUCCUGCUUUAUGACUUUCUUCAAGAAUGAACUUUUGUGGUUUUUAAACUUACUAUUAUCCUCAAAUCUCCUGCAGAGUUUACAAGUGCUGACAUCCUCCUGGAAAUAAGAAUAAUUAUGUCCACAAAUAUAUACAUGUAUACGUAUAUAUAACAUAAAAAUAUAUGUUAAGUAUAUUAGUUUAUUUUUAAAUACUCAUGGAAAAGAUGUGUGUUUGUGGUGGGUGGUUUUUAAACUACAUAUGUUAGCUCGUGUAAAUUGAAUUCUGUCAUUUUAAAAAUUAAAACUGUAACCUAAUUAACAUUAGUAGAAUUAUGAUUGUUGUUACAAUAAACAUCAGAUUAGCAGUGCAUUAAAAAUAGGUAAUAAAGCAAUUACUUAACAUGACAGUAUAUUGAAAAGUAUAACUUAUCAUUAUACAAACAUUUUUAACCUGUUAUAGUGAAAAUGUUGAUUUUUUAAUCUUCACUUUGACUUUUGGCUCUUUGGGGUGGGCCAUUCAUGUGUGUAAAGGCACCUAUCAAGUGGGAAAAACAUUGCUGUGAAUAUCCCUGUUUGGGCUAACAUUGUAAAAUUGUAAUGUUACAAUUAUUUCCUUGGAGAACUAAUCUUCUCCAAGGUUAUUUAUUACUGAUGUUCAUACCAUGAUUGCACUUUAGCCUUUAUACACUGAAAACUGGCUUGGUGAUUGUAUUGCAUGCUGAUGGUCCUAUAACAUGUGUGUGCAGCCACAACUUGUUUUUAAAGGUGGUGUAACCAGACUCUUUUUCUAAUUUCUUUAAUGUAAGGUACAUUUUCGAUUUUCAUUUGACAUGCCGAGAGGCAUAUGCCAAGAGCUUUUUUUGACAGUGGUACCCGUGAUCUUUAGAAAGCACCAUGUCUUUCUACUCUAUGUACAUUACACAAGGGAGGUGAUUUUUAAGAUGUAUUAUAUUUAAAUUUUUUUUAAGUUUCAACUAAAGUCUGACCCUCACACAAGCAAAUGCAUUAUGUAUGUUGUGCUUCCUUAGUCACAUACACUUGCGAUAGAAGCGUGACAGCUGGCUCACUCCGACAGACACCCACUUCCACGCCAUGGCCUGAGCCAGGUGCCAUGUCCCACUUGCGUCUUAGUUUUUAUUUUUAUUUUUUUGUCUACAUGGGAAGCCAACCUUAGAGUUGCUCUUUGGAAGAAAUCACCAGAGUUCUGGGAAAACAUGUUAAAGGUUAAACUCAAGAAUGGAUCUAAUUUGUUUUAUAAGUAAAAUAAUCUUUAUUGGAACUGUUUUUUCCUUUUUUUUCCCAAACUAGGUUACAGAUUCUUAACUGCAAAAGUCAGAUGUCGUAGACACUGUUUUCUAGUAUUUUGCAGGGUCGGUCAGUUGUCUGGAAGUUGGAAUAUUCUCUUCCAAGAAU